ACAUACAUACAUACAUACAUACUUUAUUUGAUGAAGCAGGUCAAAUUAAGGCAGCCAAAGGGCUGAUGUGGACCUUUCUAAAAUAAAUAGCAUUUAAGCUAAAAAUACAAACAUGAAGGAGCAAGAGGAUAAAAUGCAUAAUCCUACACAGGUUAAUUAACUACAGACACAUAAAUAACAGUUCAAAUACUUUAUUGUUUGCCAGAAAAAGCAAGGCCUAAUAAAGGAGGGAGCAGAGGACCUGAGUCCUAGAACUGUCCCCCUCAUUAUGUUGAAUUUUUUUUAUGUGAGACUACCUAGAGGUUAUUCUUUUUGAAAAAGUUCACAUGUGGAAUGACUCAAAGAUUCAUAAAAUGAAUACUUUGUUCAUAAACAUCAGAUGGAUCCUUUACAAAGUAAGAAAUGGGCAGCCAGUUGGAUUUAGUGAGGCAUGUGUUAUCUGCUAACAAUGAUUGAAGGUUGUUUAUAAUACGAACUGCCCUUGCAUGUAUGGAAUCACAUGAUAUCAUACAAUGUAAAAUUUUAAAUCUGAAAACAUACCCCUUUGAAUAUGUAACCUGUUGGUAGUAAACAUGUAUCGUAGGUAAACAAAAGUAAUGACUGUUCUUAAUUCUUUUCUAUUUUUGCAGCUCAUUGGAUGAACAGAGACAAAACCAAAUUCAUGGUACCUUAAAUCAUAUUUAUCAUCUGUUGAGUGGUCAUGUACUUGAUGCAACUAUGUCAACUAAAGUCAAGGUGCAAAUUGUGACUGCCAUCCUUCCACAGUUGAAGCAUUACUCAUGGCUUGGCACGAGGUCCAACCCCUGUGCACUGUCACGAUCAGUUUUCUUGGACAUUGUUUUCCAAUUUGUUCUGGACUGGCAAUGGCUUGAAUUUGCAGAUAUGCCUGAUGUGGCAAAGAGUGGUUUGCACGCCCUGAAGCAGUGGUUUAACAGUGUUACAAUUCAAGAAAUUAUUACCAAACAAGAACCUUCUAAUCUCAUUGGAGAUGUGUUUCUCAAAAGAACACUAGCAAAGUCUUUUCUCAGAGCUUGUGAAGACUUGCCAUCUUCCCUAACCAGCCAAUCCCAUCUAACAAUUUUCAAACAGAUUCCAUCUGAUUUCCAGGGUUCCAAAGAAAUUUUGGAAACCACUGUGAAUUGUUUUGAGGUGAUCCAAGCUCUAUUGCAGUCCUCAGAACGUGAAGUGCGAUUGGCUGUUCUUGAAUUUAUUGUCUCUCGCUUACCUUCUGAGAAGCACACCAGCUUGAGUAGUAAAGCUAUAGUUGAGCAGGAUACAUCAAGCAACAGUGCAGAUUCUUGGAUAUUUGAGAAACUUGAAGAAAAAUUAAAAAGCCAACUGUUUACAUUAGCAGUGAAAGUGGAGCAUCAUACAGAAUGUUUAGUAAAGGUAAUUGAUAUUUGAAAAAAAAUAGGAGUACUUCAUAACUAAUGAGCCCAGCUGCCAUAAGUAUUUAUUAGAGUGUAGCACAUUGAUGGAGCAUCUAACUGGCAUGUGGAAAGUCAUUUGUUCUCUUGCUGGAACUGGAAAUCUUUUUCCAGCCAGUUUUUGUUAGUGAUUGAAUAUGUCUUUCUCACUGUUUUACUACCAAUCUUAACAUAUACCAUCCUUACAACUCGGAUACAACUCAGAUAAUGACAUAGUCAUUAAUCCGAGAUGUAGGUAUAGAUCGAACAUGGCACACCUUCCUUCCUUCGAUUCCUGUUAACUUUUUCUAAAUCCGCUGACCAGUAUAUAAAAUGUUCGCAGUCGUUUGCACCCAAGUCAGUAAAUAUGUAUUCACCAACUGAUUUAUCUCAGUGGCAAUGUUUCCUAUUCGUGGAUCAUUUCUACACGGUCGACAGAGUACGUUUUUGUGGGAUAAUGCAAUAUUGCAUAAUCCCAUAUAGUCGGUGCAUAUCUUGAAGGUUUGCAAAUAUGAUGUCAUGUGACAGAUCUUUGUGAGCAUGAGUAGUCUAAUAAGUACACUGGAUACUAGUAUUUCGUGUGACUGUUUUCAAGUAAAGGUGGCCAUUGCUACCUUUGUUGUGCCUAGUCAUUGCUAGACCUAGUCAUAUUGUGUUUGUUUUAGUUGUGUUUAAUUCAGUGCAGCAAGCAAACAUAAAACAAAGAAACCAUGGAAUAAUAGGUACACAAUUCAACUUAGGUUGUGUUCAGUACAUGGCUCCCGAGUGCGAGGUUAAUCUAUGUACUUCAUGUAUGAGCAAUGAACUGUCACUGAUGGUCCAAUCAGAACCCAGGCUACAAUGACUAACAUGUCCCCUUUUGAGAUUAUUUUAGAAUCAAACUAUUAAUAUGCUAACAAUGGCACAUCGUCUUUAAAUAUCAACUUGAAAACAUCAUGGUGUUCCUAAUCAGCCAGAUAUCGCAGUCCUUAAAAUUUAAACACUGUCAUAUACAAAGUCUGGAUUUCUAGGUGGUUUGGUAACACAUCCAGAACGCAACCUUGUCAGCACUGGUGUUGAUUCUACUGGUUCGGCUCUGGUCAUGUCAUUGUUGGUCAUCUUCUGCUCUGUCUUUUCCGUACUGCUAUUAGCAAGUGAUGAUUUUUCCAUAGUGGAUGGUGUGUCUGCUGAAGGGCUUACUGAAAACGGUGGCUCAUGCACUUCUGGAAUUGAUGACAGUGGUGGUAUUAGAGCAAUUGCUGCUGGAACAUCAUUUGACAGGUUUGCUGGACAUCUUGUAGGAACCUGUGACAGGGGUCGCUUCUGUGCAAUACUGGUAUAAUGAGGUUUGAUGUCAUGCUU